AUGGUACCACGCUUGUACUCCCAAAAGGAAGACCAAUCACCCAUCCCCUCGGACCUGGUUGCGGAGUGUCUCCGCUGCAGCCGCGAGCUGACCCAAGCAGCAACCAAGCGCGGCAACCAGCUGGUCAAGAGCGGGAUCAACCUGGACACCUGCUCCCCUGCCAUGCACCACUUCUUCUCCUCCAACCUUUCUCCGGAGAUCAAGAGAGCUGCCAAGAGGUCCCAGGAGAUGCUCGCUGCUACCAAAGUGCUGCAGAUGAAGCUCAGUUCAGCUUCUGCUGUGACGCCGAACACGUUCAUAUCCUUCCUGGAGAAUCAAGUGAUCCGACUCAAUGACGUGUCGUACUGCGAACCAAUCCUGCUGAGUUGCGCCCGACAAGAGAAGUAUCGUUCUAUCGAUGGCAGUUGCAACAACUUGGAGCACCCUGGGUGGGGACGAAGUGGGUCUGCGCUUACAAGGAUCGCUACACCGAGAUAUUCUGAUGGUAUCUACGCAAUGCCUGUAGCGGUAAGCGGUAGGCAACUCCCGAACCCUCGGGUGCUGUCCACGAAGAUGUUCACCGACCAGCCCGUCGCCAGCCAGGCGCUCACCUACCUCAACAUGCAGUGGGGCCAGUUCGUCACCCACGACCUUGUUUACCAAGUCAUGGAGACUACAGAGGAAGGCGGAAUCCAAUGCUGCGCAAACAACGGCGCAGACGUGCUGCCGCCGGAGUACAUGAACCACAAGUGCAUCCCUAUCUGCGUGCCUGACGACGACCCCUUCUAUCGCUACCACGGCAUUCGCUGCAUCAACUUUGUGAGGAGCGUCACUGCACCCAGAGACGACUGUUCGUUAGGGCAUGCUGAGCAGAUGAACACAGUAUCAGCAUACCUAGACGGGUCAGCAGUCUACGGGUCAAACAAGAAGCUAGCAGCUCGUCUUCGAAGCAAGUUUGGUGGUAGACUGCGUGAGGAAAAGAGGCCCUACUCCUCAAGAGGGUUCCUCCCCUCCGUUGAAGAUAAAUCAGCAGUUUGUGACCUGAGGAACGCAUCGGAACCAUGUUAUCUUGCUGGUGACGGCAGAAUCAACCAGACUCCAACCCUAGCAUUGCUUCAUACACUCUUCCUUCGCGAACACAAUCGAGUGGCCAAUAUCCUGAGCGAGCUGAACCCUCUGUGGGGAGACGAGAAGCUGUACCAAGAAGCUCGGCGUAUCGUUAUCGCCGAGAUCCAACACAUCACCUACCAGGAGUGGUUGCCGCAGAACUUUGGAGAUAACUACCUGCGGUACUAUCGCAUCUCGCCAUCGACGCUGUACAGUCAUGACUACAGCGAGCGAGUCAACCCGGGUGUCAUCAACAGCUUCGGGGCUGCCGCCUUCCGGUUCAUGCACAGUGUCGUGCCCGACUCCAUCAUGGCCUGCCCUGCCUCCUAUCAGACCGGGUACUUGUACAAAUUAAGCGACCACUACAUGAACCCAAGUCUUCUGGAGAGCUCCCCUUCGUCUUUCGACGACCUGGCCCGCGGUAUCCUGACACAGAGCUCCGCGGAGUCAGACCCCUUCUGCACUGGGGAGAUCACCAACUUGCUGUUCAAGUCACAUAACAGAUGGGGGCUCGAUCUUAUUGCCAUGGAUAUACAGCGGGGAAGGGACCAUGGACUUGCAAGCUAUAAUGAGUAUAGAGAAGUCUGUGGUCUACAAAAGGCAAAAACGUUUCAAGAUCUGGCUGGCGAAAUGUCACAAGACCGUAUAUACGCCCUAGCCCAACUAUACGAGUCAGUAGACGACAUAGAUCUGUUCGUGGGCGGUGGGCUGGAGACGCCCGUGGCUGGCUCCAUCAUGGGCCACACCUUCCAAUGCAUCGUGGCUGAGCAGUUCUACCGCACGCGUGUCGGAGACAGGUUCUUCUAUGACAACAGCGAAAUGCCGCAUUCUUUUACUUCUGCGCAAUUGCAGGAGAUCAAGAAAGCGUCGAUGGCUCGGCUGAUGUGCGACAACACGGACGGAGUAUUCUACGUGCAGCGGAGAGCCUUCCAAAUGGAGUCGGCAGCCAACCCUAAAUACAGCUGUGACGACUAUAACGCUAUACCCUACGUCGAUCUAACAGCGUGGAGAGAUUAGCGGCUGAGCGGAGAAUAUAUUGCGGAGGCCACAUAGGACCUCUCUCUCUUUUCUUCUAAUCCUAUAAUAAGGGAUUAGAAGAAGAGGGAUUAUAGGGCUCAAAUAACAGAUUUCCACUCCUUGCGACCUUUAACAGCCUCUGUAGCUUGCUCGUUUUGUUUUUAAUUUUUAGCCAACUGAGCGCCGCCGUAUUGGAGCGCAUCAUCGAAUUUCUCGCGCAUGUAAAAGUAAUUGCGCAAUGUCAAUAAAUGUCAAAAUGGUUGUCAAAUAAAUAUAAUGGGAUUGUGCAAUAAAAGGUGGUUUCUUUUUGUUACCUUAAUCUAUACUAAUAUUAUAAAUUUGAAAGUGUGUGUGUCUGUUUGUCAGUCUUUCACGGCAAAUUGGAGCGUCGAAUUGACGUGAUUUUUAAGUGGAGAUAGUUGUAGGGAUGGAGAGUGAUAUAUGCUACUUUUCGUCUCUUUCUAACCCCCCACUUCCCUAAAAAUGGAGGUGGAAAUUUGUAUGGAGCAACCCGCAAUUUUCAAGGUAGAAAGCUUAUGCGUGCUAUUUGUGACUACCCAAAAAAAUCAUACAUAUUUUUUUGAUAUACUUUUCGCAGUUUUCAAGGUAGGAAGCUAAAAAUUGGUUGUGGAGAGCGAAGCCGUGGGCAAAAGCUAGUACAUAAAUCAACAGCCUCCGUGGUCUAGUGGUUAGAGCGUUUGGCUCACACAAUAUUUUUAAAGUUAAUAAACGAAAAAUUUAUUAAAAAAUAUACUUUUUAACAAAAGAAAACCGACUUCAACGCAAAAUUAAAAAGCAAUAAAUACAUUUA